UCUCGUAAGCCCUACUCGCAUUUUCAGACACAGCUUCUCACCCUACUUUCCUUCACUUUACCGGAAAAACCCGAGAGAAGCGAAUUCCGAAAAUGAGAGAAAUCUUGCACAUCCAGGGCGGUCAGUGCGGGAACCAAAUAGGAGCCAAGUUCUGGGAGGUAGUAUGUGCGGAGCACGGGAUCGACUCCACUGGUCGGUACAACGGGGACUCGGAUCUGCAGUUGGAGAGGGUUAACGUUUACUACAACGAGGCAAGCUGUGGCCGAUUCGUUCCCCGUGCUGUGCUCAUGGAUCUUGAGCCGGGGACUAUGGAUAGUGUCAGAUCUGGACCGUAUGGGCAGAUUUUCAGGCCUGACAACUUUGUGUUUGGACAGUCCGGUGCUGGUAAUAAUUGGGCCAAGGGUCACUACACGGAGGGGGCGGAGUUGAUCGACUCGGUUCUUGACGUCGUCAGGAAGGAGGCCGAGAACUGCGAUUGCAUUCAAGGGUUUCAGGUAUGCCACUCCCUCGGUGGUGGCACUGGAUCUGGAAUGGGGACGCUACUGAUAUCAAAGAUAAGGGAGGAGUACCCUGACCGCAUGAUGCUCACGUUCUCUGUAUUUCCAUCUCCCAAGGUUUCUGACACCGUUGUUGAGCCAUACAAUGCCACCCUGUCUGUUCACCAACUCGUUGAAAAUGCUGACGAAUGCAUGGUUCUUGACAACGAGGCUCUCUACGACAUUUGCUUCCGAACUCUCAAGCUCACUACUCCCAGCUUUGGAGACUUGAACCACCUCAUUUCAGCUACUAUGAGUGGUGUUACUUGUUGCCUCCGUUUCCCUGGACAGCUCAAUUCAGACCUCCGUAAACUUGCUGUCAACUUGAUUCCAUUCCCUAGACUUCACUUUUUCAUGGUUGGCUUUGCCCCACUUACAUCUCGUGGCUCCCAGCAAUAUAGGGCCCUCACUGUCCCUGAACUUACACAGCAGAUGUGGGAUUCCAAAAAUAUGAUGUGUGCUGCUGAUCCUCGUCAUGGUCGAUACCUCACAGCAUCAGCCGUGUUUCGUGGUAAGAUGAGCACAAAAGAGGUUGACGAGCAGAUGAUGAAUGUGCAAAACAAGAACUCAUCAUACUUUGUUGAAUGGAUUCCCAACAAUGUCAAGUCCACCGUCUGCGACAUCCCACCUACAGGACUAAAGAUGGCUUCAACAUUCAUUGGCAACUCAACUUCAAUCCAGGAGAUGUUCAGGAGAGUUAGUGAGCAGUUCACUGCCAUGUUCCGCAGGAAGGCUUUCUUGCAUUGGUACACCGGAGAGGGGAUGGAUGAGAUGGAGUUCACCGAGGCUGAAAGCAACAUGAAUGAUCUGGUGGCAGAGUACCAGCAAUACCAGGAUGCUACUGCUGAUGAAGAGUACGAAGAUGAAGAAGACCGAUAUGAUGAGGAAGAAGAGGCUUGAAAAAUUUUGGGGGUCCUGUCUGAAAUCCAUAUGAUAUGAUUUGCUACUUUUUUUGCACAAGGAAUGGUGAACGCAAUACCACAUUGCCUCCCUGUUUCUUCAUUUGAAUCUUUUUUGGCUUUGUUGUCUUUUCAAUUUAGGGUCACCAAACUGCACUGUUUUCUUAUUUCGAUGGUCUUGUAUGGUUAAUUUUACUUGGAAAAUUGCUUUUUAUCAUAUUAUUUUUGAAA